AAACGAAUUUCUCUAUCAACCCCUCUCUCCUCCGCGAGCAGGGAUCAGUGCAGUGCAGAUCUACUCACCACCGUCUUCAAGGAACGUGCCACAUGUACAAAAUUUAAACAUAAACAAGACCCCUUUGUUUCAGACAAAAACCACUCGCUCCCACAAACCCAGCAACCAUCAGCUGAGAACAAGCCACCACACCGACGCUAUCAAACCCAACGACAGCGACCACCGACGGUGUCAACCCUUGAGAAAUGCCGCCUAACCCAAUCCGAUCCCUUCUGAGAAAUGGCCUUCGUUAUUCUUCGUCAUCUUCCAGAGCCCUCCUAGUCCACCAUCUUCAACCACAACCACAAGAACCCAUUCUCAAAAUUGCACGAAACUCUUGCUUUCAGACAGCCCAACACAGAAAUUACAUCUCCGAAAUGCGCAAAUUGGCCUUCGAAGGAAACAUCCUCAGGCUUCUCCGCAACGAGAUCAAAUACGAGCUCGAACGCUCCCCUCCCACCCAGCCUGUUGCAAAGUUUGAUUCAUUCACAGUUGAUGACCGACCUGGAGAGCAGUGGAUUAGAUUGAAUAGAAAAUUUGCGGAUGAAGACAUUAAAGUUGAAGUCACCAUGUUUGAUGGGGCCCUUCCUGCUUCAAAAUCAGGUGGUAGUGGCAGCAUUGGGAAUGAAGUCCAACUUCACCUUUCCUUGAUUGUUAAUAUUAAUAAGGGUGGUGAUAUCUUGGAGAUCAUCUGCUCAGCUUGGCCAGAUAGUAUAGAGAUUAACCGGCUUUUUAUACGCCAUGGUGAUAAGAUACCAGCCCAGCCAUAUACAGGGCCUGAAUUCAAGGAAUUGGAUGAUGAGUUGCAAGAGUCACUUUAUGAAUUCUUGGAAGCAAGGGGUAUAAAGGAUGAACUCGCGGUUUUCUUGCAUAAAUACAUGAAGAACAAAGAUAAAACAGAGUUUUUUGGAUGGAUGGGAACUGUGAAAUCUUUCAUUGAAAAGCAAGUGAAGUGAUUGGUUUUGCGACAUUCUGAUGAGGUUUUUGGUUGGAUCAUAUGUGCAAAUAUAACAUUGUACAUCUUUUGUGGCUGUGCCUGUGCAUGUCAUUUGACUCGGAAAUUUAUAUGGAGUUAUGAGCGAGAUUUUUAUACCCUUGAAGUUACCGGUAAUACUGGCGAAAUUACUUCCAGUUUUGUAGUUUUGACUGUGCAUGUAUAUGAAAUUACGUAGGUGUCCAAUCACCAACUCCAUAGGCUGUUUAGAGGUUUUGGGCAACGUAAAUGAGUACACGAGCUCUGAGGGUUUGGAUAAGGCAUAUCAUAAUAAUCAUAU